AGCAUGGCAGAGAUCGAAGAUGCGGACAAGGUCAUCUGUGCGAUGAGGUCCUCGGUGCCAGUGGACCUUGAGGAGGGGAAGACCUACUACUGGUGCACCUGCGGGCGUUCCAAAAAGCAGCCGUUCUGCGAUGGCUCUCACCAAGGCACUGCGUUCAAGCCCAUGGCCUACACUGCAACGGCAACCGAGCAGCGAAAACUGUGCCAGUGCAAGCAGACGGCCAACCCUCCCUUCUGUGACGGCAGGCACAAGAAGCUGCCAGAGGACGCGGCUGGCAAGGCCUUUCCCCCGAACUCGGUCCCCUAAAGGCAGAGGAGGUCCUAGGAGUAGGAGCGUGUUGUUCUAUUCGAUUAUUCCAGUCGAUUUUGAGAAAAUUUCUUGCUUGGA